AACGCUGUAGCCACAAUCGAAGAACGCGAUCGCGAUCGCCACAUUCGCACCGGAGAACUAGAGCGGUGAAGAUGGGCUCACGCAUCGACAUGCGGCAGCCGUUCCGGUAUGCGUCAUCGGUAGCGCUUUGUGUGAUUUUGUUUGUGAUUGCAACUGUACGCUGUGAUUUAGAAGUGGGUGACCCGUGCAUAGUGCAGCGUACGAACGAGCCAGGCAUCUGCCGCAUCGUGUCCGAGUGUGCACCCGUAAUCGAUGACAUCCGCAAUCGACGGGGAAACCCGACCAAGUGCGGCUUUAUCGAUCGGGUGCAGAUUGUUUGCUGUCCGCAGGUGGGCACUACGCCUGCAGCAGCAACCACACCCUCCACCACACCACGCAACGAGCACCAGCGGGUUGCGGAAAAGUGUGCCGAGUAUGGGCAGGCUGUGUUUUCGAAGGAGUACGUGAACUCGCUGACUGCUUCGGAGGCAAAGCUGCAAACGAUCGACAAGUGUGGCCAUACCGCUGUCGAACUGAUUGUGGACGGUGAGCUGGCCAAAGCGCGCGAGUUCCCCCACAUGGCACUGAUCGGGUUCGGUGAGGCGCCGGAGAUUCGAUAUCUGUGCGGUGGUUCACUUGUGUCCGAUCGUUUCAUUCUAACUGCUGGCCACUGCCUAACAUCCACAAAUUUCGGACCUGCCACUAUCGUCCGGCUGGGAGAGCUUUCGCUCGCCUCCUCCACCGACGAAGCCUUCCCGGAGGAUUACGACAUCGCGGAACGCAUCCCACACCCCGAGUACAAGCAAACGUCCCACUACAACGAUAUCGCACUGAUUAAGCUAAACCGCAAGGUGAUCUUCUCACCCUACGCACGCCCCAUCUGCCUGCCGCUGCAGGCAGCAAUCCCCCAAAAGCGUGCCAUCGCAACCGGCUGGGGUGCGAUCGGGUUCGGGCUGGAGCAAAGCAGCGCCCUCCUCAAGGUAACGCUCGACAUGUUCCGCUUCGAGGAGUGUAAGGAUCAGUUCGAGCCGACGCGCAAACUACGCACCGGCCUGAACGCUACCACGCAACUGUGUGCCGGUUCGCGCAACUCCACCAAGGACACGUGCCAGGGCGAUUCCGGCGGACCGCUGCAGGUGUACAACGAUGCGAACGUGUACUGCACCUACACCAUCAUCGGCGUUACCUCGUUCGGGCAGAACUGUGGGUUGGCCGGGGUGCCGGCCGUCUACACUACCGUCUAUUCGUAUCUUUCGUGGAUAGAAAAUUUAAUAUUUUAACUUAAAAGAAACAACGCAACACACCUUACCU